GUAAAAUAAACUUGCCGGAAAAUACAAAAUACACAACCGGAAAACAAAAUACACAUAAAACACAAUUCUUUCCGGAAAAUACAAAUAAACUUUCAAUGGUUAUUGGAGAAACCUGUGAAGAUUUAAUUAAAAAUUGGGUAAUUUUAAUUGGGUUAUGGCUUCAUUUAAUGGAUUAUAUGGCUAUUCAGGUUGCUCAGUCAACUACCACAAACACUUGUCUAAUAAUUGAGGAAAAAUGGAGAGAAUUAAUGCCCAAAAGGGGCACUUUAAUUGAAACAAAUAUUUUCGAAAAAUACAAAAAAAUGGAAAGUAAUAUAGAAGAGAAUGGGGAAAAUAUUAAAUUGGAUAAAUUUAUUAAUUUGGUUAAUUCAACAAGCCCCAAGCAAGUUGGAAAUUUAGAGGGUGAAAAAACACAAAUAUUAAUGCUGAAUUAUUCCGAACAUUUGAGUGGGCAAAAAGUGUUUCCGUAA